UUUCUAAAACCUUUACGUCGUGUAUGAGUGUAAAAUGCCAGUAACCCUGAGAUACUCUCACCAUAUGCACUGUUGAGAAGUGCCCCAUUGGUUCAGUCUUCAGAAUGAGACAUUUGUCCUGUAUUGAGCGAUUCCACGGGGGCGGAGAAGGAUCUCUUUCCCGUUUCCCUCCCCAGAAUACCAAGCCAUGUGAUUAGCAGGACGAUACUUCAGUGCAUUCGUAAAUCUGUUGCCUAACUUAACGGGAAAUCAACGACUGUUUUGUAGAUGGUUGAUGUCCUAGCAGUGCACAGUUUCAGCUCAGUGGACAUAGAGUAGCUGCCACCAUGGACAAGAAGCUGGACCUGACGCGCCUAACAGAUGAGGAGGCCAAACACAUCUGGGAUGUGAUCCAACGAGACUUUAAUCUGAGGAAGAAGGAGGAGGAUAGGCUGGGGCAACUGAAGACCCAGAUUGAGAAGGAGGACACUAAGAGGGAGCUGCUGACCUCCCAGUCCAGUCUGACGGAGUCCCACUGCAUCCACUGUCUGCAGCCAUUUCAGUUCCUGGUGAACAGCAAGCGCCAGUGUUUUGACUGCCAGCUGUACACAUGCAAGUCUUGCAGUCGCUACAGCAAGAAGGACCAUGGAUGGGUCUGCGACCCUUGUCGCAUGGGCAGACUUCUGAAGAUUGGAACACUGGGGUGGUACCAUGACAACGUGCGCACCCGCUUCAAACGUUUCGGCAGUGCCAAGGUGAUGAGGUCACUGUAUAAAAGGCUGAACGGAGAACGGCCCCGUGAGGAUGACACUGUCAGCAUGCCUGAAGUGCGCAGUGAGUACAGAAACUCCCAGAAAAUGAUCCACCAAGGAGAAGGUGCUCAUAAUGGUCAUCAUGACGACGACUACAUGGACGCAACUGAAGCUCAGCGUUACAAAAUGAUGAGGAAACAGAAGCGCCUUCUGUCUGUCCACCCGCUGGACUUUGAUGUGGAGGAGUACAUGGCCAACUCACGCCGGCAGUCUGUGCAGUAUAUUCAUGAGGAAAGAGGCUCACGGAAUGACCUGGACUACAGUACAGAGAUGUAUCAUCAACACCGCAUGAACCGCAGGAAGAGUCUGGACCGAUACACACGACCUGAUGAUGGGCUGUAUGCUGAGCACAGGAUGGUGCGGGCGCGCUCCCUGUCCAAGAUCAGCGCUCCGGUGCCCCAGCGGCAGGUGUACCUGGACACAUCGGAGGAAGAGGACGGAUUCCGCUACCCCGUCUUCCAGCUGCCCCCCCGCAGACGCAGCAGCAGAGCCUCCUCACAGGAGAACAUCAACCAGCCCCCACCGAUAAAUGAGCUGAACAAGCGCAUGUCUGCUAUUGAGAGCCUCCUGAAUCGACUGGAGGAGAAGAUCACCUCCCCCCCUGAGCCUGCGCGUGGCUCAUUGGGGAACCAGCAGGUGGAGGCGGAGAAGCUGAGGAGGAAGUUGGACGAGCUGAUGAGCGACCGAGCUCUCUCAUCCGACGAGGAAGACUCCGGAAAGAGAAGCACCCAGCCUAAAGGCCCUGGGAUGAAAGCCGGUCCGCUGGUGGCCCCUACUCCAGAGGUGGCCGAGUCCAGCUCCUCCAGUGAUGAGCCUACAGAGGCUCAGAAGAGAUCUUCUGCAGCGGCCCUUUGUGACAUCACAACUGAGGUUCUAAGAACCAUUAAUGCGACAGAAAGUGCAAUGACUGACUUGAGCCCCUCAGUGCCCAAAGACAGACCUCAGUUAGUGGGAACAGAUGUCAGGCAAGCAGAUGAGGCUUACAGAAAACUUGAGGAAAAUGUGUACAUGGCAGCAGGAAAGUCCUUCGACAUGGAGAAGACGUUGGAGGAUCUGGAGCUGAGCACCAGAAACCAGUACGGCUGCAUGACGGACUCCGAGUUAUCCGAACUCGAGGACCAAGUGGCUAAGGCGGCCGCCAAAGUCCAGUCCACAGAGAGCGAGGUGUCAGACAUCGAAAAUAGGAUUGCUUCCCUCAACACUACUGGACUUCCGACAGACAAGACAAAGGUCAAAAAGACAUUGACAACAUCACAGAGACGAAAGUUUUCUCAAGAUGUUGCAACAAAACCCAGUAAUGGCUCAGGAUUUCACAGGGAAAAGAUCAAUUAACUUUUGAGAGGAAGAUUUCCUCCUCACUGGUACUGACUGCAGCCAUUACAAAUACAGUUCAAUGAAAACUGGUGUCACAGGUGUCAAAAGUGGCUUGAGUGACUCAGAAUGCAAAUAUUAUUGUCAUAAUGUUGUCUCCAAUGUAUUUAUUUAAUGUUAUGAUGCAUUAAAGCAGAAGUGUAUAUCAUAAAGAAUCAUAAGGUGAUGUGGGAGGCAUUAUCACAAUGAUUAUUAAUAAAUCAAAUAAACAAAGUUUAAUAAAUCAAAUGAAUAAACCAAACUGCUAUUACACAUUACCCUUAUAAUAAUCAGUAGCCUAAUGUAACCAUAUCCACUUUUGACAUCUGUGAUAUCAUAAUGUUAUGGAUAUGUAGUUACCUAUAUAGGCUAGUGAUAAGUGCUGCUCUAAUGAAAUAUUAUGUAAAUGGAGUCCUUUAUCCACCACAGUGCGCUCAUACCCAGCCUUUAGGACCAGCAUGCAAUGACGGAAUUUCCUGAAAUUCCUUGUGCUCUUCAGAUUUCAUAAGGGGAAAAAUAGUGUCCUUUCUUAUUGGUAGUAGUUAUAGUAGUAGCAGCCUAGUAGUAGUAGCAGUAGUAGUAGUAGUAGUAGUAGCAGUAGUAGUAGUAGUAGUAGUAGUAGCAGUAGUAGUAGCAGUAGUUGUAGUAGUAGUUGUAGUAGUAGUAGUAGUAGUAGUAGUAGUUGUGAGUAGAACAUAGGCUUGUAGCUAACGGUACACUAAUAGUAUCAUUCAUUUAAUGUCAGGAGUGAUUAUUCUUCAUCUAACUUUUUGUGUGCUUUGUCAUCUUGUAUUCUUGUAUUCAUUGUUACAAUUUGAUUCACUCUGUGUCUGAGAGAGCAUGGUUGUGUCAGUAUACAAGUCAUAUUUAAUUACACAUUGACGAUGAACCUGAUGAUUGGCCUGAUAUGAUUAAAAAUUAAUGUCUAA